GAGCGAGGGUUAAGUAGGGAGGAAAAUCUCUCUUGCACCCAACUCCAGCUCAAGCUGCAAAAGUAAGAGGUGGCGCCGGUGUCACCGAGUGAGUCAUUAAGACGCCUGGUAGCGUGCAUACUUGUGCUCGCUCACGUAAUGACAACGUAAUGACUCAGUUCACGUAAUGACUCUUUUGUCUGCAACCUUCCACAGCGCUCGUGGAGAGUGAACCGGCGGUUGAUGCAUAGCAGAGAUCCUGGGCUCUCUGCAAAACACCUGUGAGAUGAGAUAAAACGCUUUCUUAAUGGCGUAUUGACAGUUCUCUGUUUUUUGUCAGGCGUGCUCCAUUCAUGUCGCCGUUGGAAGUUGGUAAGCGAUUGUUUACCGGAUGGGGUCCAUGUUGAGUCACGACGUCGCCGAGUAUUGGUCCGCUUGUGUGCCGGGGAUGGCGAGGUGAAAGCAGACGGAAUGCUACCGCCAUUUAGAGGUUGCCAAAACUCUAGCCAAUGGAGCCAGGCGCAUUGGGAACCCAUGCUACGGAGAGAAGCCCGGUAAUGGUUGGUUGUGUGAUUUUUAAAUACAAAAUACACUUUCUAGGCUAUGAUGCACACAUACCAUGUACCAAACAACACUCGGGCGGGAUGUGGUGUUGGCUCGUCACAGCAACGGCGUGAGCAUUUUUGGGACGCCCAAGAUUCUCAAACAAGCUUUGAUUUACGGACAGCGUGGCCGCAGAUUUAUCGAAAAAGUUCGACUUUCCCUGAGUUAUGCCGUGAGGGGUCAGUCCACGACCUCAACGAAAAGCAGGUCGUGAGAUCCAAUGUUAUUGAUAGGACAUUGAAGGCGAAAUGGGCUCCCGAGAUGAGGAGGCGGCCGGAAAUGGCUCCCACUCUCGCCGCGUCGACGCUCUUCUCGGUGCUGGUUCCGACGGAUGUGUUGCGGGGUAUCCUUGUGGUCAUCCGGCCCUGGCUGCAUGGUACGCAUGCAUCAUGCUGUUGAAAAGCGCACGCUUGACAGCCAACGACGCUACAUCGCCGCUCGCUACUUGUGAGAGCACCUAUGUGGGGCCGGUUCGUGGGCGGUGACCCAGCAGCAGUGACCGACCCGUGCAAUUCUCUCAGCUUGGCAACCGCACCGCCUCAUGAAAUGCUCAUUGCCCAAAACCACGCCUGGGUGAACUGCGCUGGAUGUCACGAUCAUGUCCAGUUUCCGGCGUCCGCACGUGACGCGCCGCCCUCUCGCCGACAGCUGAACAAGGACGACAUGGGCCUGGAGAACGAGGAGCAGAACAUGAUCGUGGGCGCGCUCGACCUCAAGGCCAAGACGGUGGGCGACGUGAUGACGCCGCUGGACGACGUCUACAUGCUGCCCUACGACGCCAUUCUCGACUACCACACCAUAUCCGAGAUCAUGGAGCAAGGCUACUCGCGUAUCCCGGUGUGCGAGGGAGACCGCUCCAACAUCGUGGCGGUGAUGCUGGCCAAGGACAUGGCGUUCGUCGAUCCGGACGACUGCACGCCGAUCAAGACGCUGUGCCACUUCUACCAGAACCCGUGGUCGUUCGUGUUUGAUGACGUCACGCUUGACGUCAUGCUGAGGGAGUUCAAGGAAGGCAACAAGGGUCACAUGGCGUUCGUGCAGCGCGUGGUGACGGAGACGGUCGGCGACCCGUACUACGAGCUGGUGGGCCUGGUCACGCUGGAGGACGUCAUCGAGGAGAUGAUCCAGGCCGAGAUCAUGGACGAGACGGACGUGCUCACUGACAACCGCACCAAGAAACGGCGCGGCAAGAAGCGACUCAUGCCCGACCCGAUCGCGUUCGCCCAGCCGACCAACAACCAGAUCCACAUCUCGCCGCAGCUGGCGCUGGCCACGUUCCAGUUCCUGCAGACCGUGGAGCCGUUCAAGAACGAGCUCAUCUGCCCGUCCGUGCUGAAGAAGCUGCUGGAGCAGGACGUGGUGCGUCACAUCAAGCUGAAGGACGGCAACUCCAAGGCGUUCAUCUACGAACGGAGCAAGCCGGUCGACUUCUUCUGCAUGAUCCUGGAGGGCCGCGUGGACGUUACGAUGGGCAAGGAGAACCUGUCGUUCGAGAGCGGCCCGUUCAGCUACUUCGGCACCCAGGCGCUGACCAUGCCCGGCGAGAGUGACGCGUCCCCGGUGUUGCGCGGCUCGGUGCACUCGCUGGACGGCUCGCACCGCGCCACGUUCGUGCCCGAGUACUCGGUGCGGGCCGUGACGGACGUCUACUAUCUGCGCAUCCGGCGCGGGCAUUACGUGGCGGCCCGCAAGGCCACGCUGGUGGCCGCUCAGCAGCGCGACCCCAACCCGCUCACCGAACAGCUGGUCAACGACAUCGCCGACAUGGGCUCUCGCACCGACUCCCUGCGGGACUUCCACCUGAACCCGAGCAACACGGUCAGCCGGGCGGCCGACUCGAGUGCCACGCUGGUGUCGGCGCCGGCCGUGCUGGACGGCGCCGCGCCGCCGGCCGGCAGCGACACCGAGCAGUCGGAGCUGAGCUCGCUGCUCAGCGUGCCGACCACGCCCAGCGGGCGGCACGUUAACUUCGUGGAGCUAACCGGCUGA